AUGAGUGACAUGGGUUUGCUCAAGUGCUUCCUUAGUAUUGAAAUUCACCAAAGUGAAGAUGGAGUGUUCAUUUCUCAAAGCAAGUAUGCCGAGAAAAUGUUGAAAAAGUUUGGUAUGCUUGGUUGUAAUCCUACAUCAACACCACUCACAGUAAAUGAGAAGCUCAGGAAGGAUGAUGGAGGAAGAAAAAUUGAUGAGACUUACUAUAGAGGUCUUAUUGGAAACUUGUUGUAUCUUACCUAUACAAGACCGGAUAUUAUGUUUGCUUCAAGUAUACUUUCUAGGUUCAUGAGUUCACCUAGUCAUCUACAUCUUGGCGCGGAAAAGAGGUUGUUAAGGUACAUACAAGGAACUAUGAAUUUUGGGAUCAAGUAUUCUAUAAAUUCAAUUGUCAAAUUGAUUGGAUAUUGUGAUAGUGACUUGGAAGGUUGUAUUGAUGAUAUGAAGAGUACGUUGGGGUAUGAUUUUUCUCUUGGUUCGGGUAUAUUUUCUUGGGCAUCAAAGAAGCAACAAACAGUAGCUCAAUCUACAGCGGAAGCGGAGUACAUUUCGGCAUCAAUAGCUACAUCUCAUAUCGUAUGGAUAAGAAGAAUUUUGGAAGAUAUCCAAGAGAAGCAAAAAGGUAGAACUGAAUUUUUUGCGAUAACAAAUCAGCAAUAG